AUGGAAAAUUACUUCUAUGACUUUAACGAACUCUCAGGGAAGUUGCAUAUUUGGAAUAAAAAGACUAAUGAUAUGGGACAAAAAAUCUGUUUCAGAGAUAGUGUCAAAUGGAUUAGAGUUGAUGAGUUCGGCAGCUACUUUUAUAAAGAAAAUCUGGAUGAAUAUUCACCUUUUCAUAAAGUAAAUCUAUUUAAAAAAGGAAGUAGGGUGAUACGUAAGGAGGACAAUAUUACACUACGCAGAAUCACAGAGAAAAAAGGUGGACUUACUGCAGAAAAGUUGAGUAACUUGCGUGAACAGUUAAAGUUUGUCAAGAACGAGUAUAAAUGGUUCUAUGAAAAAUUUUUUGAAGAAAACGAAGAGAAUCCCAAGAAAAAAAGAAAAGCAAUUGGUUCAUUUUGA